AUGCCUACCUCCAAAAUCAUAGCAGCCGUUCUAUUCCUAAUAACUCUAGCUGUGUCUUGCAACGCGGCGGAAAACGCCACAACGCAACCGCUUGCCCCAGCAAUCCUAAUCUUUGGAGAGACAACCGUCGACACCGGAAACAACAACUACGACCCCAAGUCCAACUUCAAGGCAAAUCAUAUCCCUUACGGAGUCGAUCUCCCAGGGAAACUAGCGAGUGGAAGAUUCUCAAACGGAAAGCUCUUUUGUGACAUUGUUGCCUCCAAGCUUCACAUCAAAGACUUAGUUCCUCCUUUUCUACAACCGGAACUCUCUGACGCAGAAAUCGUCACCGGGGUCAGCUUCGCAUCUGCUGGUUCAGGCUAUGACGACCAAACCACUCGCACGACCAAAGCCAUACCCGUCUCAUACCAACCUACCAUGUUCAAGAAUUACAUUGCUCGCCUCAAAGGUAUCGUUGGGGACAAGAAAGCAAUGGAGAUCAUAAAUGGUGCCAUUGUGAUGAUCAGUGCGGGUACUAACGAUUUCAUCUUGAACUAUUAUGAUAUCCCCACUAGGCGUCUCGAGUAUCCUAAGAUAUCUGAUUACCAGGAUUUCGUGCUCAAGAGACUUGAGAACUUCGUCAAGGAGCUUUACAAUUUAGGGAGCAGAAAAAUAUCGGUGGGAGGGUUGUCGCCGAUAGGGUGCUUGCCUAUCCAAAUGACCUCAAAAAUCAGCAGGGGAGUAAUCAGAAAAUGCAUAGCAAGUCAGAACAAAGACGCAGUCUUGUACAAUGAUAAGCUUCAAAAGCUAUUGCCUGCUAUUGAAGCGUCUCUCCCAGGAAGCAGGAUCGUAUACGCAAAUGUCUACGAUCCCCUGAUGGACAUGUUCCAGAACCCUACUAAAUACGGGUUUACGGAAACGAAGAAAGGGUGUUGCGGGACAGGGCUUCUUGAGACGAGUGACUCGUGCAAUUCCCGUUCUAAGUUACGUUCCAAUCACUCUGAGUAUAUGUUCUUUGACUCUAUUCACCCUUCCCUCGCUACCUACAACCACCUCUCUGGUUCUAUCUACUCUUCCAUAUCCAAGCUUCUUGAUCAGUAA